AUGGAUAUAACACACCCAGAAGGCUCCGUCGAGCGCGAGGUUGAGCGCAGACGCUUGGACUUCGUUUCAAAAAUCCUAAUGGUUGGAUCUGAUUUCCAAUCGACGCUUGGAAUAGCGUAUCUGGUUACAACAUUUGCACAGGUAUCAAUCAUGGAUACAUACCACUUGCAUCUGGUAUUCGACAUUGCCAGCUUUGUCGGAGUAUCGAAUACCGCAGCUCUCGUUUGCUGGAGAUACUGCCGAGCCAAAAUCGACGAACCAGACAUGAAGCUUCACGGGCGCAAGCUGCGCAUCAACUAUUUUAACGGUCGCUACCGGGCUGUCUACCUUUUCGUCGCUUUAUAUCUGGCUCUUACCAUUCUCCUUGGCAUCCGUCUCAAUCAAUGGUCGCCUCAUCAUGAACCUGGCCGUUGCUAUUACUCGACACUCGUCACGGAUCCAUCAAGCUCACACCCUGCCGCGGACCUGUACUAUAUCGGAUUCACCGGCUCCUGGCUCAUGGUUGUUGUUCUUGCAAGUGUGUUUGCCGGGGUUAAGAGAAGACGUAUCAUUCUGGUGCUGUCGUCACUUCACUUCCCCUUGCACCUCUAUAUGACAAUUGCUCUUCGCCAGGCAAAUCAAGGCAAAUUUGAGGGGGAGACCAAUCACGAGAAUGAGUGGGACUUUGGUCAGACAACGGCUGUCAUACUCCUAGCGAUUGCCCUGAUCGAGCUUGCCAAGAAAGGAAAGGAGUAUUAUGAUUUUGAGAGCUAUGUGACUAAGCAUGGGAUACCUCCUAGUGUGAAUGACCGGGAAAUGCAAAAGAAUGAGGAGGACUAUAGGAGCAGCUCGCUUUUUUCGAAAAGUUCCGGGGGCAAGAAUAUCGCCGAAGACCGGCGUCCAGCAUUGCAGGAGCACGCUUCAAGCUGA